AUGCUGGACAAGCUGUGGGACGACGUGGUGGCUGGGCCUCACCCGGAGACGGGCCUCGAGAAGCUCCGCAAGGCCGCCACCCCCCGCCCGCUCGUCAUCGACAAAGACGCGGACGCCGGAGCCGCGGGGAGCUACAAGCGGACGCAGUCGAUGCCGUCGACCCCGACGACGCCGGUGACGCCGUCGUCGUCGACGACGACGCCGCGGCGCGGCGCCAACGACAACGUGUGGCGCAGCGUGUUCCACCCGGGGAGCAACCUGGCCACCAAGGGCAUGGGCGCCAACCUCUUCGACCGCCCGGAGCCAAACUCCCCCACCGUCUACGACUGGCUCUACAGCGACGAGACCAGGAGCAACCACCGUUAG